AUGUACAACAACUUCGCUGACCUAUACGCCAUCAUCAAGACCACGAACAAGCUAGAGAAGGCAUACGUCCGCGACCUCGUCUCGUCUGUCGAGUACAAGGUCGUGUGCCUCAAAUUCAUCGCUCAAUUUUGCACCCUCCAUUUUGCCCUCUAUGGCACCAUCCCCUCCCUUGACCACUUCAUCGAAACCUACCACCUCGACGCUCCCACCAGCAUCAAUCAUCUCCUUCUCUCUAGCGUCCUGACCACCAUUGAGCAUCGCGUCAUCGGCUCCUCUUCGGCCAUUGCCUCCGCCUCCACAACGACAUCUCCUCUCGUUAUUAAUGGAAGUUUCGUUUACUUUUAA